CGGCGGCCGCCGCCGAGGCGGCGCGCGGGUUCCCGGAUGUGCGGCGCUCGCGGAAGCCCCGCCCCCGCCGCCGGCUCCGCGCGCGCCCCCGCCCUCCGCGCCGCUGCGUUCCGCUUUCCCCUCCCUCUCCCGCCCUCCCCCUUUUUCGUGCCUUGAGGUUGCGGGUCAGCGCGAGCCACUGCAGUGAGUCCAUCACGGCUCCUGCGCGGGCGCGAGCGCGAGGCUGCAGCCCCCGAGCCGCCUGGCCCCCUCUCCCCCCCGCCUCCCCUCCCCCCUCGGUCUCUCCCCCUUCUCGCCGUCUCUCCUCCCGCGCUCUCCGUCUCUGAAUCUCGACCUUAAUUUCUCUUCUCCCCGCCCGCUCCCGCGUGCCCAGUCACCCGGCCGGCGCGGUCCCCGCGGCGCCGCCUCCCCUCCCCCAGCCCGCACCCCCUCCCCCGCGGGCGUCCCGAGGGCCGCAGCCGCCCCAGCCGAGCGUCGCUGGGCCGCCGCCGCCGCAGCAGCAGCUUCCUGCGGGAGCCCGUCUGAGCGCCGACACUCUUCUCCGUGCGAGCGAGCCGCCGACCGCCCAGCAAAAUGGGAAAUGAGGCAAGUUAUCCUUUGGAAAUGUGCUCGCACUUUGAUGCUGAUGAAAUUAAAAGGCUAGGAAAGAGAUUUAAGAAGCUCGAUUUGGACAAUUCUGGUUCUUUGAGUGUGGAAGAGUUCAUGUCUCUGCCUGAGUUACAACAGAAUCCCUUAGUACAGCGAGUAAUAGAUAUAUUUGACACAGAUGGGAAUGGAGAGGUAGACUUUAAAGAGUUCAUUGAGGGAGUCUCUCAGUUCAGCGUCAAAGGAGAUAAGGAACAGAAGUUGAGGUUUGCUUUCCGUAUCUAUGACAUGGACAAAGAUGGCUAUAUUUCCAAUGGGGAACUCUUCCAGGUGCUAAAGAUGAUGGUGGGGAACAAUCUGAAAGAUACACAGUUACAGCAAAUCGUGGACAAAACCAUAAUAAAUGCAGAUAAGGAUGGAGAUGGAAGAAUAUCCUUUGAAGAAUUCUGUGCUGUUGUAGGCGGCCUAGAUAUUCACAAAAAGAUGGUGGUAGACGUGUGACUCUUCUGUAAAGAGUACCACCCAACACUUUUGCUUUCUUCUCCAUCUCUGAAGAUCUGCUCAAGACGUCCAGCAAUGCUCUCUGUGUAUUUAAAUGGAAGUAUUUUUCUCUGUGAAGCCACAUUUUCCAACAUGAGCCUCAUGAAGCCAACUGUUAUUGAACUCUUAUUCUCUCAAUAACUCCGUGUAGCACUUUAAAGCUGAAGGACAGCAGCAUGAAAAGAGCAUAUCAAUGUGGUGAAGAAAGGGAAGGGGUUGGCUUUUUAAUUUAUUUUUCUUCAUCUUUUAUAACAAGAAAGUAUCUAUAUAUACAUAUGUAAAUAUUUAUAUAUAGAUAUAUGUAGCUUUCUAUAUGUGUAGUAGGUUGGCUUUAAUUUAAUAUACUUGAUGCAGAAACAAAAUGAUAGAGUACAAAAGUGCCAAGCAGAACAUUCAACAUCCUUACUUUUAUUUCACACAGUUUUAUAUAUAGAUCGAAGAUUGUACAAUUUGAGCCGGGUGUUAGGCCAGCUAUUUUCCUUUUCCUGCUCUUUCUCCUUUGAGAGAUUGACAAAGCAUUUGUUAACAUCUUAUUAUUUACCUUGAGUACAUUUUUGUAACAAAAGAGUUUGUAACUUUAUUUAUACCUAUGAUAUAUUUCCAAGGACUGUGUCUCAUUGCUGAGCAGCUUUGACUACAUCUCUGCUUGAGGAGAAAGUACAGUUUAGCACUGCUGCCACGAGCUCGUUCUUGUGUCCAUAUAGUAACUGCACAGAGCUCACCACCGCCGCAUUCUGUUACUUCAUAACUAAGAGCCAUUACAUUCAUUAGAUGUCCCUGAGUAAGUGUCAGUUUGUUGUGAUUUUGUUGGUAAAGGACAGAAGCUAUCUGAGGCAAUCCUGAUUUAUCUCAGACAUGACUUAACGAAGAGUUCUUGAAAUAAUCAUGUAACUGCUUUAGGAUAUCCAUUUAUUUGUUUCAUUACGUGGGUGGUAAAUUGUCACUAAAUUUACAUUUAAACCAUAAAUAUCCCAUCUCUGUUUCAAAAGACUUGCAGCUAAUCUAAAAACUGGUGAUAUUUAAUGUGCAUGUGUGUAUCUAUACACCCACAUAUGCUUAUGACGUACAUGGGAGAAACCUUACUAAUCUGUAUGUCACAGGAGAGCAAAAUUAUAUCCAAAUUUAUCUCUCUUAAAUUUCUUUACCACAAGGCAUAGAGAGUGCAUGAUGGUGUUCUUGAUUUGCCCACAGAUGUAACGGGUAACUUAAUAACUUUGUGUGAUAUAAAAGUAGUGUACCAUGUUCCACCACUUGAUAUUAUCCCUUCUCUUUUCUGCAAAGGUACUGUUGGCUGGAAGAAAACAUUCUGGUUAGCUUUGUAGGACUGUAGUCUUUCCCUCUGUAGUUUUUCUAGAAAACUGGUUUUAUAAUCAUGAGUGGGAAAGGGCAGGUUGAAUCAAGGUGAAAGAAUCUUAAUUUGGGCACACCCGCCUGCCAUCGCUGUUCCUUCAACUGAGUGCUGCACGCCAUGGGCUCUGUCUGUGAGAGAAAUCCCGGUGCUUGGUGUCCUUGCAUGACCUGGAGUUUUGCAUGUAGAUCGAUUUAAAAUGUACCUCUUGUUUACAUAAUUUGCAUAAUUUUAAAACAUAAUGUUGCCAAACUUUGAAAAUGUUUAUGUUCAAACUGAAAAUCUCCACUACAUGUAACUUUCUUCCUCUGGAUCAGUACGUGGUUUAUAAUCCCAGCCAGUGGUUUGAUCUGUUCCAGUGUCAACUGCCAUGUGCUCUGCUUCAAGGGGGGAACUAGUCUUUUGUGAAUUUUUUGUACAUAAGUAUUUGUUACAAAUAUUUUAGCAAAUGCUUUCUAUUUCUCUUGCUUGUGCAUAUCUUGGCUGGCGUUACAGAAAAAUAGUGCAAACAUUAUUUCCUUACUGGGGAAUGAGGGUUUUUUCUUUUUCUUUUUCUUUUUUUUUUUAGCGUGUGUGGGUGGGGGAGGGAUGGUUUAUGUUGAAUGUUUAGUUUUUCUUCUGCAUGAAACAUCAUGUUGUGGGAUCUUUAGAAAACUUCAUACUGUAUGAAUAAGAAAAUAAAAUAUUUG